GUGCAUAUCAGGCAGAGCGGCGUUGUGCGGGGAAUUACAGUACCUGCAGUGUAGGUGUAGCUACUCCUAUUAAUAAUUGCAUGCACGAGGUCCUACAAAGCCACCUUGUUGCUCAGCAACAUUAAGCGAAGAGAUGGAUGUGCAGCUCGUUAAUCUUCAAAGCUGAAAUAACGUCUACUCUGAAUGUUUUGAUUUCCUCGCCGCUCUCUCAGAAGAUCAUACAAAACAUUCUAUUGUAUAUAUUUGAAUCACACACAUAAAUAAUGGCAACAUCUAUUCUCGAAGACAGCUUCAAAAAUUUAUCAGUCCGUGACGAGAUCACCGAGGACAAAAAGUCAAAGGUGAAAGUUGCAGCAAUACCACUCUCAGAAAUCUCAAGCCGACUGAACCUCGUCAAAGUCGCUCUGCAAAAUCAGAAGCAAACCCAGAAGGAAAAUGCACCCAUAACUUCACCACCUCUAGAAGCGUUCCCGGUCCCACCCACUCGAAAGCCUCUUCCGCAGAAGAAAGAAACGUCAAAUGAAGAAUCAACAAUAGAUCCCAAGCCGUUGGUUUGCAUCGAUCAGCCAAUAAAAGCACUCCACCUUGGCAUGUUCGAGAUAGGCAAGGGGCUGGGCAAGGGUAAGUUCGGCCGAGUGUACCUAGCCCGGGACCGCGAAUCGGGCUUCAUAUGCGCCCUGAAAGUCCUCAACAAGACAGAGCUGCAACAAGCGCGUGUCGAGAAACAGGUACGACGCGAGAUUGAGAUACAGAGCAACCUCCGUCAUCCGAAUAUCUUGAAGCUGUAUGGCCAUUUCCACGACAGCAAGCGCAUCUUCCUCAUCCUGGAAUUUGCCGGGCAGGGCGAGCUCUAUAAACAUUUGCGCAAAGCGAGACGCUUUCCCGAAUCUAAAGCGGCCAAGUAUAUUGCACAGAUGACUAGUGCAUUGCGUUACUUGCACCGUAAGCAUAUCAUACACCGUGAUAUCAAGCCCGAAAAUAUCCUCGUGGGUGUUCACGGAGAGAUCAAGCUCUCCGACUUCGGCUGGAGUGUGCACGCGCCUAGUAAUCGUCGCACUACAUACUGCGGGACACUCGAUUAUUUACCCCCUGAGAUGAUUAGCUCGAAGAACCCAGACAAUUCUUAUGACGAUAAAGUGGAUAUCUGGGCCCUGGGUGUCUUGAUGUAUGAGUUUUUGACAGGCGAGGCGCCCUUCGAGGACACGCCUGUCCUGACGACAAGGAGGAUCGUCAAGGCGGAUAUGACUAUUCCAUCCUUCGUUAGCGCCGAUGCCUCGGACCUCAUCCACAAACUACUCGUUGUUGAUCCGCUCAAGAGAUUGUCCCUUGAACAGGUCGAGUUGCAUCCUUGGAUUAUCAAGAACUGCGUGGGUGGUGGGAAGAAAGGCACUUCACGAUGAUGUUCGCGGCAGUGACAUUGUGUGAAGUAGAUCCUACUGCCAUUGCUUGGCAUUUCAGGACUUGUACUAGGUAUGGCAAGAGAUCCGGAUCCCAAACCUGAGCUUCUUGCCAUCUUUAGCCGCCUUGCGUCACUAAUACCUGGAUAAUGUGACGGACAUACUAUUCGACCAUUCACAUUAUGC